GCCAGAAUAAAUAAACGAGGUAGAAAACUUGUGGACUAUGAUCGAUACAGACAUAAUCUUGAGACGCUAAAAGCCAAAGGAAAGGCAGCAGAUCAAAAAAAGCUUGCACAGCGCUAAACCCCUUCACACAGUCUGACCAUGAUGAACUGGAUGGGAGUGGGGAGACUGUGACACAGGUAGAUCAUCAACAGAAACCCAAGCCAGCAGCAGUGCCAGCUGCACCACCAGCACCCCCACAAUCACAGGUGGACAAUCCAGAAAAGAAAGUACCAGAGAAAUCUCCAGUCCCAUCUUUGCCAUUGAAAAGGGCUUCGCAAUCAGAAGCUGAAAGCACAGAGGGUUCACCAUCUAAUGAAGAGGCUGCACCUGUCUCAGCCUCGCAGACAGAACCUGUUCAGCCACAGGCACAGACACAGCAGCAGCAGCAGCAGCCAGAAGGUAGUGGAACUGAAAUUCCAGGAUUUCUUUACAAGGUGCGAGCUGCAUACAGAUAUGUAGCUGAAGAUGAUGAUGAGUUGUCAUUUGAGAAGGGAGAGAUCAUAAAUGUUGUAGAGUUUGAAGAUCCAGAGGAACAGGAUGAGGGCUGGCUCUUGGGUAUCUUAGAACUGAGUGGAAUUAAGGGUGUUUUCCCUGCAAAUUUUACAAAAAAAAUUUAAUGGAUAAUUUCGUUCAAGUGAAGAGGACCCAUUUAUGAGUAUAGUUGGUGACAAUGUCUUAUUCACCAGUCCUGUCAUUAAUAAAUGUACAAAGCAUUCUUUAUUGGGCUUGUUUGAAAUACAAUGUCAUUGAAACAAGAUGGUGGUUAAUAUAUGACACAUUAAUGUCAGUUUCUUAUUUUUGAGGUGAUUGAUUGUUUGCAAAAGUCUACCGAGGGAAAAUUUUGUAUUUCUUCUCAAUUCAGUUACCUUAAUUCAUUCCCAAAAUUGUACAUGUAGCUUUGCCACAUUUAGAUAUUUCCUUGUAGAAACCUCAGUCCUUGCAUUGUAACAUACUUACCUGUGACAGGUAGCACAGACAAUAGAUGUACAUGUUGACAGCAUUCAGGGACCCACGACCCAGUUUGAAAUCAUGAAUUUUAACCCCAAGGGAAAUUGCUAUGAUGAAAAAACUUACAAUUUGUUUUAUGUACCAUACAUUGGACAGUCAAGAAAGGCAUUCACCUCUAUGGCAACAAUCCAUUUUGAAAGAGAUGCGAGUCUAAAUUUGCCCGAGCAAAAUCACAUUAAUACUUGAAUUACAAAAUUGCAAUAUUGUCAUGGCUUUGAGACAAGAGUUCAAAAAAAAUGUUUUUUCCUAAAUGAGAAAUAUAAUGAGCUUUGUGCAAGGUGAAUGUGACUCGGCUGAACAUGGUCAAGAAUUUGGUGUAAUAUUCCACAUUUGAGCUAUGCAUAUGGAAAACCUUUUUGAGUGUAGAUGUGAGUUUACUGUAAUUUAAAUCAUCUGAGUUACUUGUAUAGUCCAGUUAUUAAAGCAAGGAUCCCACAGGAAAUUUUUCUCUUGCUCUUUCCCUUAUUAUUUUAAAUUAUUAAUGCUCAAUAGAACCAUUGCAGAGAUACCAGAGACCUCAAAUGUAUCACGAGGCUGUACAGUUAUUCAUAUUAUUUUGUAUAAUUAACACUGUUGAAAUAGUUCAUCAAUAGAAAUAUUUGUAGGGACAAGAAAUGCUUUAUUUUACUUUGUGUGCCCUUGAUAGAGACAAAUGCUAAAUAAAUGGCCACAGUCAGGAGA